GUGUAAUUUUCUUUAGUUAGUGUUUGUGUUGUGUAGUGAAAAGCGUCGUAGUCAGAAUUAGUGAGCAAUAGUUUGUAGGAAAACAAUUAAAUUUUUUAUCCAACAAUACCAAAAUGCGCUCAAGUAAAAAGUAGAACCCAGCAGGGAAAUGUUUUAGAAGGAAAAUCGCUUUUUCAAACUUGAAAAACAGAUAUGAAAAAAGGUUAUGGAGGAAAUUCACUGUGAUAUUUUAAAGAAAUACCGAAAAGCAAUAGUCGACGAUGUCGAUGUUAAUAACGAGAUAAUAAAACCCCUAAGGAAAGAGAAUAUACUCACGGAUGAUGAUGUGAAGAGGAUUACUAAUGGAACAACACUUCAGGAGAGGGCUUCCAUAUUGUUGGAGUUACUACCACUAUGUGGACCCUCGGCCUUUGAUGCUUUUAAUCAAGCACUAAAACAUCACUAUUGCUGGAUUAGUACCCAAAUGGAAAAACAUUUAGAAUGGAACCGAUUGUCAUUAUGUGCAGCAAGUCAUUGUAAUGAUCUUCCACCUGUACCACGACUUCUUGUCACCAGAGAGGACAAGGUUCUAAAGUUCAAGCAGGAUUUACAAAAAUUGAAACCAGGCAAACAUCUUGCUCUACAUGGCCUAAAAGGUUUUGGCAAAACGAGUCUCAUUGUGAUAACAUUAAAAGAUGAUAAUUUAGUUGCAAAUCUAUUUCGGAAUGAAGUCUACUGCUUGAAAUUCAGUUAUUCCAACAAUAAACAACAAAAUCGUGAAACAAUUGACGAGAGAAAAAUUGAUGAAGAAAUAUUAAUUCAACUCAAUGUUCUGUAUCAGCGUAUUAAAAAAUCUGAGACACUCCCUACACCAUUGAAAUCAGAACCACUCAAGGAAUGUUUAAUUAGAUUAAUUAAAUUGCAUUUCUGUUUGAGACAACACGAGAACGCUCUUCUAAUAUUAGAGGACGUAUGUUGUAAAAAAAUCGUCGAUACUUUUAAUUUUUGCUGCAAAACUCUCGUUAUUACUGAUGAUCUUUCGGUUGUAAAGCACAAGCAUCCGAUUAUUUUCAAAGUACACGAUGGAUUCACAGAAACCGAGUCUUUGUGUUUAUUUGCCAAAGUUUUAAACGUUUCUGUCGAACAACUCCCACCGGAAGCAAAGAAAAUUCACGAGGAAUGUAAAGGAAUGCCUUUACUUAUUUCAAUGUUCUCGGCACAAUUCGAAGACUUCAAGGAGCAAUUGAUUGUCGAUCGUGCAAGAUGGAAGUACUAUUUAAAAUGUCUACGAAAACGAGAACCGGACCAUAGAGCAAUUCAGAAAAGAACAACAAUUUUCGACAUGUGCAUUGAUAAAUUAUCACCAGAAUUAAAGGAACUCUAUUUCGAAUUAUCAAUAUUUAGCGAAGGUGUAAACAUAAUGCCAAAAACUUUAGAAAUUUUAUGGGGCCUAGAAUCAUUCGAUGUGGACGAAUUAAUGCUAACACUUUGCAAUAAAUCACUUGCAGCUAGACAAUGGAAUGCAGACCUCAAAAAUUAUGUUUACGGAAUUCAUGAUCUUCUACUAAGUCAUUUACGCAUGAAAUUAUCACCAGAAAUUAUGACCGAAAAACAUCGUUCGUUCAUCAAAAAGUAUCAAAAUGUUUGCAACAACGACUUUUCAAAAUUACCAAACGACAACUAUGGUUACUCUUACAUUGGUCAUCAUUUAGAACAAGCAAAAUUGUACGAUUCUUUUGAAAAAAUUUAUCUAAAUCUAGAAUUUAUUCAAGCAAAGAUAAUAAAUGCGGGUCUAAAUGAUUUAUUAAUCGAUCUGGAAAAAUACGAGCAGUAUAUCAGUCGUGACUACAAAGACGAUCUUGUUCAAAAAAUCAUUGAUAUCGAAAAAUUUCUCAAGGAUCACAUGAGUAUUUUCACAAAACACGGAAUUCGAAAUUGUCUUGAUAUCGUACAAAUAGCAUUGUAUCAUGCUGAAGAAGGAUUCGUUCUGGAUCAAGCCCGAGAAUUAGCGGGUAAACGUGCACUAAAUCUCUACUUAUCCCGUACAAAAAUUUUCGGCCAAGGCAAUGUAUCGUCAAGUGAAAAUCUAUCAACCGAAUCAACAAUUGAUUCAUUUCUCGAAGAUGUAUCAACAAUAUGCUUUACAAACGAUGAUCCCCAUUCCUUAUUGAUCGCGACAAAAAAUGGUGACAUUGUUGACAAGAAUCUCGCCAUUAAAAAAUCCAACUACAUUUACGGAUUUCAAAAGAAAAAAAUUGUCCUACUAGUUCUAUCGCAUCUUAGCAAUUGUUUUCUUGCCCUAAGCGAUGAGGGUAAAGCGAAAUUAUUUUCCCUAAAUGACGAAGAAAGUUCCGACGACGGUCGAAUCGUUCAAAGUCCAAGGGAAAAACAAAAUUGUUGGACUGGAUUUUUCACCAAUAAAUUAACGCAAGACGAUAGUUUGCAUACAUUUUGGAUUGAGGACGAUCCAAUUUCAGAUAUAACAUUCUCGCCGAAAGAUGAAUUUAUCGCCGCAUGCACACCAAAGGGUACAAUACAAGUGUGGAUGAGAAAUGGUGAACAAUUUCAAACACUAACAGUAAAGAAUAAUUGUUGUUUAAAAAAAAUUGCAUUCACAUCGGAUCAACAUAACAAUAUUUUAUUACACGUUAUGGAUGAAAAUCAAUGUGUUCUGAUAACACAUGAAUUUGUCAAUAAUACAUUUAAAUAUAAAUCAACAUACAAUCCACAAAUUUGUCAACGCAAGGAGAAUAUGAAAAUUGUAUUUUUUAAAGGUUUACCAUUUGAAAAUAAUUCUCUGAUUUUGGUGACGAAAAAUAAAGCUGUGCAUAUUAAAUGGCUUCAGUCGGAGACACAAAUUCACAGUUUCAUAAAGCAAGAAAAAGCCGAAAUUGAAGAUCCAAACACGUUUUUUAUAUGCGCAACUGUAACUUACGAUGGUCAAUAUUUAAUUACUGCCAAAUCUGACGGGAUUAUUAAUGUCUGGGAGAUACACAGUAGUUUCGAGCCAAUUGCAAUUUAUAAAGGAAAUGUCUUUUGUCUGGACACCUACUGGAAUCGAAGGGAAGGAAAACAUCUGUUCUGCGGAAAUGAGAACAGAAUAAUACACAAAUGGGAAUUAAAGGAAAUCGAAGUACCCAAACCUUUACAUAAACCAUUGUUCAAUGCUCUAAUGAAUCCUUCGGGUGAUGAUUUGGUCGCAAGACAAACUCUAAAAAAUACAAUAGCUGUGAUACGUGGGAACAAAAAUAAAUGGAAAAUGAUAGCCGAAACAAAAUUAAUCGAUGGAAAAGUAAACACCAUGAUUUUAACUCCAGAUGGGUCUAAAUUAAUUUACGAUAUUGUAAAGGAACAACGACAAGAAAUUUUUCUACUUUAUGUCGAUACGAAUAGUUUAAGUCGUAUCACAUCACUAAAAAGUACAUCGAACUUUAUUAAAAUUGCUACCAAUUUUGAAAACGGUAUAGCAAUUAUUUUCCAGGAAAACGCUGAUGCUCUAAAAGUAUGGCUGGAGGAGAAAGUUUGUUACUUAGUUACUGAUACUGGAGAUGUGAUGUCAAUUUAUGAAAUGGAGAAUGAUCAAAUAUUGACAGUAACGAAAAAUUUUGUGAUUAAGUACUGGUACGUUUGUGGAUACAAUUGGCAUUUAGGUACUAGUGAAAAUUACGAAGCUGCAAAUUCAACUGCCAUUAGUAGCACUUUAAGUGCUGGUAAACAAUUUUUAGCGGUGCUCAAUGAAGAUCAAAAAAGCGUGGUGCUUUACAAUAUUUAUAAAGAUCGCAAUGUGGAUCCAGUUCAAGUGUCAAUUAAUCUUCAUCACGAGAAUUAUAGUUAUCAGGAGAAAAUUACCUGCAUGGAAUUUUCCCGCGAUGAAAAACUCUUUGCCAUUGGUUACGAGAGUGGAAAUAUUUCUAUUCUCAACGUGGAGGAGAAAAGGGAAGUUCGCAAGGUUUCCUUUCACUGCAGUCCAAUUAUCGAAAUGCAUUGGGCUCCGAGUUCAUACAAGGUACCAAUUUUAAUGUCAAUUAACGCCGAGGAACUUAUUUGGUGGAAUGUGGCGCCCGUUAUCAAGGAACCAAUUCGAAGACAGAACCGAAUGGGUCGCAGUAUCAGUAUGCAAAGUGUUCCUAGUCCAAGAUCAAGCUUUAAGAUGAAGAACAGUCAGAGCAAUGAGAGCAAGUUAAGUAUAGCGACUAGUGGUACGAAUGGAAUUGAUAGCAUGAAUGUCAAUAAUAACAAUAGUGGCAUAAACAUUAAUGGAAAAAGCGUUAAUGGUGAUAAAAUUAAUGGCAAAGGUGUUAAUGGUUCAAACCCUAGUGGUUCAGGUAUGAAUGGUGCAAACCUUAAUGCCUCAAGUAUUAAUGGUUCAAACUUCAAUGCUUCAAGUAUUAAUGGUUCAAACCUCCAUGCUUCAAGCAUUAAUGGUUCCAACAUUAAUGGUACCAACCAUAAUGGUUCAAACCAUAAUGACUCAAGCAUUAACGGUUCCAGCAUUAAUGGUUCCAGCAUUAACGGCGAUAAUAAUAAUUUCACCAAUACCAAUGGUAAAAAUACUGCCAAUGGUAUUGGUAACGGAUGCCAAUCGAGUAAUAAUAAUGGAACUACACUCCAAAGAGUCGAUUCAGCUAAAUACUUUUGGGAAUCGAAAGUAGAAAAAGUAGAUAAAUCUGCUAUGCUAUGUUUAGUUCCUUUGCCAUCGGGUAACGCUAAGGUAUGCGUUUCCGAAGAUUUCAAUAAAUUUCUGACAGUAGACAAUAAUGGAUACGUCAGUACAUUCGAGCCAUUUGGUAUAUUGGAUAUUAUAUAAAAAAAGAAAUUUUAUAAGCUACUCAGCAUUUAAUUCCUGAGAAGUAAAAAAAAUCAAUUGUGAUAUUCCAACAAUUCUUUCUUAAAAAAAAAACAAAUGAUACAGACAUCACAGAAGUCUGUUAAAUCGAAUCAAGUCUCUUGAGAACGAAAGUUUCUUGAAAACAAGAGGUUGACUUUAAAUUAGUCAAUUUUUGAUAAAAAGAUAAUACAGUUUUUCGUAAUAUUUAGAAAAUGUAGCUCAAUUUAAAAAAAAAGAAAUAUUUACUUGUCAAAUAUUGUAGUCGCCUCUGUGAAAAAUUAACAAUUUUCGAGAAAUUUGAUUCAUUUUUCAUAUAUAUUAUAUAAAUAAAAUCUUGAUAAUAUAAAUAUAUAUUAUACAUACAUAUAUAUAAUAUUUAUAUAACAAAAAAACAUAUUAUAUAUAUAAAAAUACGAAACGCAUUCUUCUUUGGAAGAUUUGUGAAUUUUUUCGUAUUUGUCAAAGAAAGUGUUAUUGAAUCGUUUUUUUUAUUCAGAAAAAAAUUGAUACUAAGUUUAGGACAGGAUAAUUAUUUUUUUUUUGAGAAAAGGAAAAAAAACGUGAUUUGAUCUUGUGAUUAAUUAAUUAAAUGGAUAAAAAAGCGAAUACUUGCUCAAUUUUAUAAUGUAGGAAAUAUUACAAUUUUCUAUCCGCAAGUCAUCAAGCACUGCCACAAGCAUUUAAAUGAAAUAAGAAUUUUUUUUUAAUUAAUUAUAGAAUCUCACAAGGUUAGAAAAAAUAUCUUUUCUCUAUUUUGCAUUUAUAUAUAUUUUUUACCACUCUUAAAACAGGAAACAAAACGAAAACAAGAAGUCAUCUUGUUUUUGUAUACGAUCUCAAAUAAAACCGAUGACUGUUUUUUUUUAUACGAACUUUUACAGACUAAUAUAUAAAUCUUUUUUUACACAUCAUAUUAAAAUAAAAAGGAGCAAAUAUUGCGUAAUUAAUUUUCAUUUAUAAUCGAGAAAAUUUUUCCUCUGUGCUAUUUAGUUUGUGUCGCAAUAAAAAUGCGUUAACUGUGCUAUAGAAAUUUACGCAACUUUUUUAUAAGAAAAAAAUUGACUGUAUGGUUAUUAUUACCAUAUUAUGAUUCUCAAUUUGUAUUUCUCUUUCAACUGUCCUAAUGAUACAUUUGUAAUCACGAAUUGUCACGAAUUUUUAAGUUGUAAAAAAAUACCCCAAUUGUAAAACGAAUAUUUUUCGUACUUAAAAAUACGUUUUGCUAUUAAUAAUAUUCAGAAAGAAAGUGCCUUAUAGGUAAAUUUUUUACAUUCCUAUUUAAGAUAUUACGAAUAAAAAUGUAAAAUUGAAAAUUUUCAAAGAAUUUUUCAAGAUGAAUAUUUUCAAGACAAAGUUAAAUUUGUUCAUUUUUAUAUAAAUACAAAAUAUUUUAUCAGUUAUAAAUAUUUGUUAAUUUGAUGUUACACAACAUUAUUCAAUGUUAUUUAUUAAUCAACAUUGUCUUUAGAAAUAUUUCUCUUGACGAAAUUCGUCACUAUUCUGAGUCUGAGAUUUCUUGCCAUUACAAAUAUUAUAAGUCAUAGAUUUAUAUCAUACGUGUAAUUUCAUAUAUAUUAUAUAUAGAUAUAUAUUAUAGAGGAUAACUUUUUAUAAAUGUUUUUCAAUAAAUGUCUUUUAAUAAAUAAAUAAAACUAAAUAAAAAUAAAUGAAUAAAUAAGUAAAUAAAUAAAUAAAUAUAUGAAUAACAAUACACUACCAUAAUGUAUUCAAUCGAACAGGGUUCUCAGACACAGAAAAGUAUGUUGAAGAAUUUUCAAUUUUUAGUAGUAUUUUCUUUUUGUUUUUGGUGCUGUCGCUUUUUCCAUUGAACGAAUUCCCUGCAUCAAAAUUAACUUCUUUUUUGAAUUACUUGGGGCAAUAUUUUUUUGGCAUAUCAAAAAAAAAAAAAAAACAACGAACAAACAAAACUAAAAAAUUACAGAAAUUAGAUUAAUUUU